AUGCCUUCGUCGCUUUCGCCGUCUGCGUUUUCUUCUCCACGUUCUCCGUCUUCUUGGUUCCCUUCUUCGCCUUUUUCGCCUGCGCCCAUCUGUCCGACUCGCCCCGCUCGGAGGCCGCGGAGCCCCACUGCGGGAGGCGACGCCCUUGGAGAGAAGCGCAGGUGGAUCCGGGACCGCGGAGGAAGGCGCGAGAGCCAAGAGAGACCAGCGGGCGGAUCAGAACUCUCCGACCCCGAGAGGUUCGCGCGAGAGCCUUGGCGACACCUGCCGAAACUUCUUCGAUCUCGUUCGGCGUCCUUUUCCCCUUUGCAGGGUGAGAGGGAGGACAUGGCUGCGCACCCCGCAUUUGCUUGGCUGCGCGAGAGAACCCGAAAACCUUUCGGCUUUCCUCAGCAUGGCGGAGUGGAGGAGAGAUCCGCUCAAGCGGCUCGGAAAGCCUUGCUGAUGAAUUCCCUUUUUUACGAAGUUAACAGGGACGCGAGGGCGACUGCAGAGCGCAGCGGAGAGAGUGCACCUCGCGAGAUCUCUCAGGAGCCCGAGGGUGACUCUGAAAGCGAACUGAAGCAGCCGUCGUCUUUAGCUGUUCCCCCGCAAUCACCUUCUGGCCGUUCGGGCUUGUCUCCUUCCCCGUCUCCCUGUGCUCUCUCGUCCUCCCCAUCCGUCGCACGCAUUCCCGAUCCACCUGAUCGCCGACCGGACUUCCCUGCUUUGUCGUCGUCCAUUCCUGGCCUCCCUGCGGCCCUACCAGGAGACUGCCAGGUCACACCUAUGCGUGAGACGAUCUUGGAGACAGUGGAAGGAACGCUGCUCUCGUCGCUUACGACGCUGCUGCGCCUCCUCCACCCCCAGCUGCUCGAGGAGGCGAACGGGACAGCUGCAGCGCUCCUGCGGCGGCAGCAACGCCCGCCGGCAGAGCUCAUGGAGACUGCGGGAGGCGAGGAUCUCGCAGAUGGAAGGCGUGCGGCGACGGGAAACGCACCUGAGAGGCCGUCGCAGAGUUUCUCUUCGACUGUGGAAGACGGAGACAGAAGCGGCAGCAUCGUAGAGAAGGAACGGGAGGUUGAGGGAGAGCCUGAGCACGAGGGAAGGCUGCAGGCGGCAGAAAACUCAAACGAGUCGCGUCCUCAAGGCGAAAGCGGCGCUGAAGUGCGUCAGCUCCCGGGCGUCCUUCCUUCACCUCCGCGUUUCGACGACUCGGCGUCCAUCGCGCCAGCCGAUCCGCCCCUCUUUCUUCUGUGCUGCAGUGGAGGGAGCGACAGCACUGCGCUGUUGCAUGCGUUUGCUCGCUUGUUCUCCCCGCGGGCGAUAGCGUUGCGACAGGCCUUUCUCCGCGACCCGAGCGCGCUGUCUCCCCGAGAGCUCCACUCUCCCCCCGAGAAGCUUUCUCGUCUCCGCUCUUCUCCAGUCGAACAAGAGGAGCCUCGCGAGGCUCUCGACGGAAGAGGCGCGACGCCCCCUGAGGACUCCGCCUCUUCUGCGCCUUCAGCGUCGCAUUCUCCUUCUUCGGCGCCUUUCCCUCUUUGGUUUCCCGCCUCAGGGGCGGAUUCGCCCGUUGCGCAAGUCCCCCAGUCUGGAGCCUCGUCCGCACUCGAAAGCAGCCUGCGCAACGCGGGAGAGCGCGCUGCGGGAGGGAACCGCGACAGGAUGCUGCCAGCGGCCGCCGGGGCCCUGACGCUUCCGAUCCACGUCGUCUACUUUGACCACGCGCAAAGGCCGGAGGCUGCGCAGAAGGAAGCGGCGAGCGUUCGGCGCCUCUGCGAGUUCUACGGGUUCCCGUUCCAUCGCUGCGCCUUGAUCCGAAAACCUCCCGAGGAUCAGUCCCACGACGGCAAGGCCGAGGACCAGGAAGGAGACAGAGAGGAGGCACAUGCACAGAAGGGCGAGGAGGCCAGAGUGGACGAGAAGCUGCAGCUUUGUGAGGAGAUCGUCAGGGGAGAGUCCGACGUGCGUGGCCUGGAGAGGUGCGGACUCCAAGGGACCCGGCAGAUACCGGAGGAGACAGGAGCGGGUGUGACUCUGGGGGCGGCGUCUUCGCUCGCGUCGAUCCUCUCGCCUUCGCCGUCGUCCUUGGCUGCUUCGAGUUGCGCGUCGUCGGUUUCGCCCCCGCCCUCGGGCCACGCAACGUUCGCUGCCACGUCGCCAUUCGCUUCCUUUUCCUGGUCGUUUCCGCUUCCAGCCUCCGCUGCCCGUGAGGCUCCUCAGAGGGCCUUCCGCGAAUGGCGGCGGCGAGCGUCUGCCGCGCUGCUGUCCCUGCUUUCUUCGUUGCGCCUUCGAGAUUUGCAGGAAUUGCAGAAACACAACGAAGAGCGGUUGAGUGACGAGACGCACACAACGCACGACGGCGACAGGCAUCCCGAGACGUCUGGCCGCGUGCGAGAUUCCACAGAGGGUGCAAUAACGCCUCCGUCUGCUCGUCCUCUUCUCUCUCCGGAAGAUGAAUGCUGGAUACAGGGCGCGAAGACGCACAGGUCGGGAGCGCGAAGCCUGUUUGGGCCUUUCGUGUCGCCUAGCCUUUUGUCUCAGCUUCGGGACGCGACGGGAGCGCCGUCAGCUGCGGCAGGUCACGCAGUCUCCGGAACUGCCUCGACCGACUCUCUGCGUGCCUCGUUCCCUCUGUCUCUUCUUCCGUCUUCGCGCGUCUCCUCGCAGCCUGAGAAGGCGGGCACAAAAGGAGACGACUCACGCCGCGAAGACGAGGACGCGAAAAGCUGCAGAGACGCCAAAGCAGCUGAGGCGCAGGAAGGAAGCGGAAAAGACAGGCAGAAGGGAAAGGACACGCUGGAUCUGGAGAAGGCAGAUAGGAAGGAGUGCGCCGCUUGCAGAGGAGAGACUGAGGAAGGCCGAGAUGUCACGAAAGAAGAGAACGUGAGGAGCGACGAGAGGGCGUCGAGGGCGAGAGAUAGCGGAGAGCCUCGUGCCUACGUCGUGAUGGCUCACCAUGCGGGGGACGAGUUGGAGACGCUGGUAAUGAAAUUGCUGCGCGGUUCUCACCUCACGAAUCUCGGGGGCAUGAGCACCGUGUCUCCACUGAGCAGCCGGACACCUCGCUUUGCGGUCUUUCGGCCUUUUCUGUCUCUGCAAAAGGCGCAUCUCCAGCGCUACGUGAAGGCGCUAGGCGGCACGUGGAGGGAAGACGAGACGAACGCGAUGCCGACGAAAUAUCCGAGGAACGCUGUCCGUCUCCGUCUCCUGCCUCUCCUCGCGUCGUUUUUUGCGUCUUCGGCCGCCGACCCCGCGUCUCCGCCUCCUUUGGUUUCCUUCUCGGCCUCGCGGUCGGGGUCGCGUGCACCGCGCGCAUCUGCGCUCUUUCCCGUUUCACGCGUUUUGUCUCCGUUCGCGCUCUCAGCUCCACGACGGUCCAGCGCCUCCGGCUCUCUCGCACCUCCUCGCCUGUCCUCAGCUUCGCCCGCGUCUUCGCCGAACCCCCAGGGAGACGCCGUGCGCUACAGCGCACUUUUGGCGGCGAAGCGUGCAGCGUCUGUGGCGCUGUCUCUUCUCGGACAGCCCCGCGACAGGGCACAGGGCGCGGGAGCCUCGAUGGCGGCUGCUGCGUCGCCUCCCGGGAGAGAAGAAGACAGUCCGUCGGAGAAAAAAGGGGGGAGAAGCCGGGGAGGUACUGACGGAGCGCGUUCGUCUCCGGCUGCCGACUGGAGCGCCUACGAGAGCAGAGACGAGGCACAAAGCGUCGACGCGCACCCGACGCUCAUGGCGCUUGCCGAAGCUGCAGCCAACAUUUUCUUCAACGGCCCGGAACCGACAAGAAGCCACGCUCUCCUCAGGCGAGCGUCGAGCCUAGCGAGGCAGAGUGCGGCACUGCGAGAGUGGGUCGGCCGGGAGGCGACCAAGUGGGAGAGGCGCGUUUUCUCUGGAGAAGCGUGGAGGCGGGAGGAGGCGAGUCCGAGCGCAGAAGACAGCAGAGAAGGAUCGACGGAGGCCGAGGAGAAACAAACGGGGGGAAAGCCGGCCACCCACGCGGAGAAACAGAGGGCGAACGAGGAGGCGGACGUGCACGCGAAACGGGCGACGGCAGCACUAGCGGGCGCGAGGGAGGCUGGAGAAGCCGAAUCCGAGUCUGCCUGUUUCGUUUCGGAGACGGUGCCAAGUGGAGUGGCGGGAAACGGGAGGGACGUGUUUGCCGAGGACGCGGGGAACUCGCAGCCGUUCCCGCUCGCCCUGUGGCAGAAGGAGGAGGCGCGUUUCUUUCAGCAGGAGCUCUUGCACCGUUGGCUGGUGCGGGCGAGUGAAGAGCAGCUGGGGCUUUCCUACGCCGCCUUGGAGGACCUCACGAAUGCACUCCUUGCGCUCCGCCCCACUGGGCGCGGGAAAAAAGGCCGAGGCAGAGACAAGGAAGCGAUGGGAAAGGCAGGGACGGCAACAGAAGGGGGAGGCGAAGAAAGAGAAGCAAAGCAGCGGAACGAAGAGGAAGGCAGAGAAGGGAAGACAGAGGAAAGACGGGACGAAGAACGCGAGGGAGAAGGAGGACGAGAGGCACGAGACGAAGGGGGGGAAGCGGACGAGAGAGCACAAAGAGCAGAAGCUGAAGAAAAACGAGAAGGUGUCGGGAGGGCAAGUGAGGCCUCGUCCGCUCCAGUAGACAGCAGCGCGGCGGGCGUGGAUGAAGAAGGCAGAGAAGGGAACGUGUCAGCCAGAGAAGAAACGCGAGAGAAGAAGACGCGCAGAGAAGAGAGAGAGCGAGGACAAGCGCCUGAGCUCACUCACAAAGAGAACGAGAGAGAAGGAAAGAAGAAAAAAACCUGUAGCUGGCAAGUCCACCUUCCCGGACCAUUCACCCUCAAGGAAAGGGGAGGCUUCCUGUUUCUAGUCAAAGGUGUUGAGAAAAGCUAG